UUUUUUGGUUUUUUUCUACAAUAAAAUAUACAAAAUUUACGGACGUACAUGCUCAUAUAUUUCAAAAUUCAAAAUUAGAGGAGUUCCACUUAAAUUAUGCUUUUUCGCAACGGAUGGAUACGGUUGUCAUAUCACAAAUAGAGUCAUGGGAUAUACCACUUGGAAAACUCAGAAUCUUAUUCAUAAACAUUUUUACUAUAUUAUAUAAAGCUGCUACAUUGAAUCCACGUAAACUUCGCACGGAUAUGAAAAUAAUCUACAGUGUGUUGAAAAGGUCCUGCAGUAAUACAAUACUAUCUGACUUCUAUAUCUUAUUUGUAUCACUGGUUAUUUUUGCGAAAUUCCUAUUUGGCUAUGUGAGACUCGCAGCAAACAUUAUAGCUAUAUUCCCUAUUUUAGCGGAAGAAGGCCGCGAGCUACUGCUACCAUCCAUUUUGGCCCAAGCAGUGGAGAACAUAUUCUUUUGCGCAUUGGAUGUCAUAAUUGGCAGCAUAACUGUUCGCUAUUUUAUACCAUGCAAAUUUCCCUUGUUCGUUAUAUAUCUGGCAAAAAAUAUAAUACAAGUAUCCAUUGGCUUAUCAGUACUUAACAUAUACAUCGACCUUUACAAUAAUCUAAGCUACAAUAUAGGUUAUAAUGAUUCGGAUAGCUCACUGGAAACCACAAACAAAAAUGAAUUAUUUUUGCAAAAAGAGAGCUUAGCGUAACAAAAAAAAAAAAAAAACAAAAACAAAAA